CAUGAGUCAUGACCACCCUUACCCAACGCUCAAAGAUUUUCUGCGUGCUGCGUAGCCUCCAAUCUGAUUCACUCUGAUCGGACGGUGAAUUCGGGUAGGAGCCCCCAUUUCUCCAUCAGCUUCUCAGUCGAUCCGAUCAGAAAGCAGAAAAUGUCAGGCACAAAUAUUGAGGAUGUAAAGGAGCAGGAGCCUACUGAUAAUACUCUUAACAAUCAAAUUGAUGUUGACAGUUCUUUGGAAGACCCUAAAGCUUUGGAUCAAAAUGAUGAGAAUCCCAUGCCUUCACCCCAGCAGGAGGAGGAAAUUAUCAAGAAGAAGUAUGGGGGACUAUUACCUAGGAAGCCUCCACUGAUAUCCAAGGAUCAUGAACGUGCUUUUUUUGAUUCUGCUGAUUGGGCAUUGGGAAAGCAAGGAGCACAAAAGCCCAAAGGACCCCUUGAAGCACUCCGCCCAAAGUUGCAGCCCACGCCACACCAGCAAGUUCGUUCAAGGCGCUCAGCUUAUGCUCCUGCAGAUGAUGGUGGUGAUUCUGGUGAAGUUGAUGACGGCAACGACAUCACAAUUUCUUCAGAGGACCAGAGCUGCACAUUAGACGGUGGCGACAAUAGCAAUAUUGCUUCCGAUGGUGGUGGGAACAAUAAAAGUACUGCUUCGGAGCAUCAGAGCUGCCAUGAGUAGCUGUCUAUGUGCUACACUCAAAACAGAACAUGUUUAUGUAAAGUUUGAAGCUGAUGAUCAGCCCCCUUUUAAGGUGCUUAACCCAAUAAGCAAAACUUUGCAAAUUUUGGCGUAAAUUGUAACGAGCCAACGAAAUAUUCGAGUA